AUGUUCCUUGUGUUCUUCCUGGGACUCUACCUGGCGACAGGUGCGUUUCCCUCCUCGGUGAGUGCGUGCCCGUCACAGUGCAGCUGUUUUUUUCACAACCUAAGUGAUGGAUCUAAGGCCAGGAGUGUCAUUUGCAAUGACCCUGAGAUCUCCCUUGUGCCUGCCAAUUUCCCCGUGGACACGUCCAAGCUGCGUAUCGAGAAAACAGCCAUCCAACGGAUCCCAAGUGAAGCCUUCAACUAUCUCCGAAAUCUGGAGUUCCUUUGGAUGUCCUUUAACGUGCUGUCCGCUCUCAACUCGGACAGUUUCCGUGGGCUGCUAGAUCUGGAGGAGCUGAGACUGGAUGGGAAUGCCCUCACUUCGUUCCCCUGGGAGUCUCUUAUGGAUAUGUCCAGCCUCAGGCUGCUGGACUUGCAUAACAACCGGUUGACCUCAGUUCCCGCAGACGCCACAAUGUAUAUAAAAAACCUGACCUACCUGGAUCUAUCCAGCAACAACCUUCUGACUGUCCCGGCCGAGGUGCUAGCCACUUGGCUAACAGUUAAAUCUUCGCAUGGCCCAGAUAGCUCCAAAAUGAUACUUGGUCUCCAUGACAACUCCUGGGUGUGUGACUGCCGCCUGUACGACCUGAUCCAGUUCCAGAAGUCGCCAACGCUCUUCGUGGCAUUAAUCGACACGCGCCUCCGCUGCUCCGCCCCCGAGAGCCUGUCAGGUGUUCUGUUCAGCGACGCCGAGGGGCGGAGAUGCCAGGCGCCGCGCAUUCACACAGCAGUGGCGCGAGUCCGCAGCGCCUUGGGAAACAAUGUGCUUCUGCGCUGCGGGACCAUCGGCAUUCCCAGUCCUGAUCUGGCCUGGCGGAGGGCGGAUGGGAAAGCCCUGAAUGGGACAGUCCAGCAGGAGAACUCCAAGGAAGGCAUCGUCUGGUCAAUCCUCAGUGUCCCGGCCGUGUCCUACCGUGACUCAGGGAAGUAUGUCUGCAAGGCCAAUAACUACGCCGGCAAUGCCGAGGCCGUCAUCUCCCUAGUUAUCUCUGAAGCACCCCCAAAACCCGACAACAACAACAACCUAACCAGCGUGGUUGCUGCUGCCGUAAAAAAAAACAAAGUCAAGAAACCCAAUGGGAUAGGGAAAGCAGCAUACCAGGAGAAACUGGUGGCUAGGGUAGGGGUUCCCACCACCAGCCCUCCACCCCCACUUGUUGUGUUGGACUCCAGCCCUGCGCCUGAGGGUGUGGGGAGUGUAGCAGAUAGAGCCAUCCCUGGACCAACCACUUUGCCUAGUCCAGACGGACUCCUGGAGCUGGAGAAAACCAACCUGAGCAACCUGGCCCAGGCACAGUAUGACCCGGACCGGAUAGUUCGCUCUGUCAAGGUGUUGGGCGACACAGAGAACACCAUCACCCUGAACUGGCGGGCACCCAAGGCCAAGAACACCACAGCUUUCAGCGUGCUCUACGCUGUCUUCGGUGAGCGGGACAUGCGCAAGAUCAAUGUGGCGGCGGGCCAGAAUCGCGUCUUCAUCGAGGGCCUGGUGCCCAAGACCAAGUACAUUGCUUGCGUUUGCGUCCGGGGCCUGAUCCCCAAGAAGGAGCAAUGCGUCAUCUUCUCAACCGAUGAGGCGGCCAGCGCAGCCGGCACCCAGAAGCUCAUCAACGUCAUCGUGAUCACGGUGGCGUGCGUCAUCGCCGUGCCGCUCACCGUCAUCGUGUGCUGUGGCGCACUCAAGAGGCGCAUCCAGAAGAUGUGGGGAAAGAAGUCCAAGGACAUCCAGGAUUCGUACGUGACUUUUGAGACGCUGUCCCCCGGGACCAAGGCUAAAGGUUUGGAUGGUGAGUACCUGACCAGACUCAACCCUGAGGAGUCCAACCGACUGCUGUCGGCCCGCUCCAGUCUGGACUCAGAGGCCACGGCUAAGAUAGAGGGACAGCCCAACGAGUACUUCUGCUGA